UUUCUUGAGACGAUGUUGCAUUUAAAAUUGGUACCCUAAAAUAAAUUGUUCAAUAGCAAGUCUGCUAUUCAAAUUUCACUAUGAAUCUGAAAGAUAAACUACUUAACCCUUUUCGGAGUCUAUUUUCAUUAGGUUGCAUAGUUGUGAUUUUACGUACUUGUGUAAUCUUCCCGUUGUGUCAAGCUAGUGAAGUCAGUCCUGAAAAAUGUAUUGUUUGGGGUCCCGGGCUCGAUCCCAAAGUUGUUUUGCCCGUCCGGUACUUCUUCAUCCAGGCUGUCAAUUCCGCUGGGGACAAUUUGACCCUCUCUCCGGGUAAAGACUCGUUCAGAGUGAAGAUUACCUCACUUGUAUUGAAGGAGCAUGUUCGCAUACAAGUCCCCCUUCCCCUGGACAGAGGAGACGGUUCCUUUCUGAUGCGGUACCGUUUGUAUGGAAGUGCCGUAACUGGACUAAAGAUUGAAGUACUCUACAGAGACAUUCCUGUUGCCAAGUCCCCCUACUCCCUACAAGGUCCAGUCUAUCAUGAGUACUGUGACUGCCCAGAGCAUGAAGUACCCACCUGGCAGAGCAUCAUGCAGUGUCCUUCAGAGGAACCCCAGAUCACACAGGACUUCAGUGCCUUCCCCUCCAUAGACCUGCAGCGCCUCCUGCAGGAGGUUCCUCGUCGGUUCUCCCACAGAGGAGGACUGAUUCACUAUACGGUGAUCAACAACCAGGUGUAUCGUCGCUCCCUGGGGAAGUACACUGACUUCAAGAUGUUCUCUGAUGAGAUAUUACUUUCACUUUCCAGAAAGGUGAGGCUGCCUGAUGUGGAAUUUUACAUCAACGUGGGUGACUGGCCAAUGGAAACCAGGAAAGCUGAAGACAGUCCUGGGCCAAUUCCAAUCAUCUCUUGGUGCGGUUCCACAGACACUCGGGACAUCAUCCUCCCCACCUACGACAUAACUCACUCCACCCUGGAGACCCUGAGGGGCGUUUCCAAUGACCUGCUGUCAGUCCAGGGCAACACAGGUCCGCCCUGGGCCAACAAAACCGGACAGGCCUUCUUCCGGGGCAGGGAUAGUCGUGAAGAGCGUUUACAUCUGGUCACUCUGUCCAAGAAAAACCCAGAACUGCUAGAUGCUGGUAUCACCGGCUGGUUUUUUUUCAGAGACAGGGAGAAGGAUCUAGGCAAAGCGAAUCUGGUUGGAUUCUUUGACUUCUUUAAGUAUAAGUACCAGGUGAACGUGGACGGCACAGUCGCUGCUUACAGGUUUCCUUACCUGAUGCUGGGGAACAGCCUGGUGCUGAAGCAGAAUUCUCCAUACUAUGAGCAUUUCUACACCCACCUGAAGCCAGGAAUCCACUACAUCCCCGUGAAGAGGAGUCUCUCUGACCUCAUCCAGAAGAUUGAGUGGGCCAAGGAGAAUGAUGCUGAAGCCAAAGCGAUAGGUGCAGCAGGCCAGGCGGUUGUCAGAGAGCUCUUACAACCUAACAGAUUGUACUGUUACUAUUACACUGUGUUGCAGAUGUACUCUGAGCGGCAGACAAGCCAGCCCACGCUGCAUCCUGACAUGGAGCUGGUUCCCCAGCCCUCUGACCCGAGUGCCCUUUGUAGCUGUCAGCCAAAGCCUCAAAGAGAUAAUCCCAGCCAGGAGAAGGAUGAACUCUGAUCCACACUGUAAAAGAGAAGGAAACAGAAAAAAUCUGUAUGAAUACAGGAAGUGCCUUAGACUUCUGCAUGCUUGCUGGUUGAGAGUCUGUGCAAGAAAGAAGCUCUGCUGUGACCUGGACUGCUGAAAGAUGUUAAAUAUUCAGUUUUCACCAUGUCAUUGCUAUGCAAUAAGUACAUUUUAUUUACUGUGCCCGAAAUAUGACUGCUUUAUUAAGACCAUCAUGCUACAUAAUCUGUUAUUUGGGUUAUUUCAUGCCAAAUUUUGAAAUUGUAUCAUGAUACAAAAAAUAAAUAACUUUUUGAUAUUU